AUGGGGGAAAGGAGGUUUGGCCUCGUUUUGGAGCUAACGGGACAAGCUAACAACUGUCCCAUUAGCCCCACAUGCGGGAAUGCCCCACUGUGUGCGACUGGACAUGCGGCAGUCGCACGUUGUGUUGGGCGACAGGUGGUGGUGACCCAUGGUGAUAGUGAAAUAGCCGGAGCGAUCGUUUAUGCUGGAGAUGUUGUUGGAUCUAAGUUCGGGCGAAGGAGAGUAGAACAGGGUCAAACACAAUUUGAGGUUAAGGGGGCGGGAAUAUGCGAGCAAGGACUGUGUUCCCACCUUAGAAACCAAUCUUUACAGGAAAACCCCAAUCACCAACCUGAUCUUCUUCCAUCACCUCGCAUCUUCUCAACCCAUAUUUCGUACUCCUCCUUGGCAAAAUCAAUAAUAGACUCCAAUUGUCAAAUUGUCUACAUCUGCCGCAACCCAAAAGAUGUGCUGGUUUCCUCUUGGCACUUCGGAAAUAAAAUACAAGCCAAACUCAACAAAGACCAGUCACUGCUCUCAUUGGAGGAGGCAUUUCAGUUGUUCUGCAAAGGGGGCUCCCCAUUUGGACCCUUUUGGGAACACGUGUUGGGAUUUUGGAAAGCAAGCUUAGAGCGGCCUGAGAGGAUACUCUUCUUAAAAUAUGAGGAUCUUAGAAGCAAUCCAUUGAUUUAUUUGAGGAAAUUGGCCCAACACCUGAGGUACCCAUUCUCCUUGGAGGAGGAGAAACAAGGGGUGGUUGAAAAAAUACUCAACUUGUGCAGUUUCCAGAAUUUGAGCAAUUUGGAGGUGAACAAGAAUCCUGACAAGGUGAGUCAUGUGGGGGUGGAAUACAGUGCUUUCUUUAGAAAAGGCCAAGUUGAAGACUGGAAGAACCAUCUUACUGCUGAUAUGAUAGAGCACAUAGAUCGCAUCUCUGAACAGAAGUUCCACGGCUAUGACUUGUCAUUCUAG